GAAAUGAGAUGAAAUACACACAUCCAUCACAAAGUCCUUGUGAUAUUGUACAGGGUUUUCUGAGUGGCGGCAGUGCACAAUGUCACGAGAAAGAGCUCAAAGCGUCAGCCCACUUCAACGACAAUAUUGAAAACAGAAUGGAUCCAUGCUUUCAUGUACGUUUGUGACAAAUUCAGCCCCUACCAUCCAAAUGUCAUAGUAAAAAUCAAGACCCGUCAAACCAGGCAACAGUUUUCUAAUCUUCUCUUGUCUGGUUUUACUGAGCCCGUGUUUAAUUGGAGCCUCAGUUUCUUGUUCUUAGCUGACAACAGAGUCACUCGGUGCGGUCUUCUGCUGCUGCCGCCCAUCUGCUUCAAGGUUGUGUGUUCAGAAAAGCUCUUGUGCAUACCUCGAUAGUAACAGGUUACGUAAGUUACCCUUACCUUUCUAUCAGCUCAAAGCAGUCUGGCCAUUCUCCUCUGACCUCUGACAUGACUUGCUGACUGGAUAUUUAUGCUGAGAAACAGUUGAACAGGUGCACCUAAUGAAGUGGCCAUUGAGUACGCCUUUGCUGGAGACAAACACACAGGGCCUGAUCAUGCAGCAGAGCACAGGAAACACUCUGUCGAGCUGGAGGAUGUAGUGAUAGUGAUCCAGAGCCAGAGGAACUCCUACCAUGCCCGUCGCAGUGGUCAAAGGAAAGUGGAGAUUCUGCAGCAGGCAGCCCGACUUGGGCAGAUUUCUCGCCAGCCUGAGGACCGCCGUUUGGGAGUUCCAGUGGUUGUUCUUCUCCAUGAGCUGUCACAGUAUGAAGGGGACUGGAGUAUCCUCCCCGCACUUCCUCGCUGUCGAUCUUCUCAGGCUCUUUGCCAAAUAUGGACAUUCAGCUUCCUGGUUGUUCUUCAUAGAGGAGGAAACCAAAGUCACGCUGUCUGCUCUGCUGGAGGUCCUCAACAGAUAUCCAGCUGAAGAGGAGUGGUUUUUGGGCAAGCGUCUCCAUGACAACGAGGCCUCCAUCAUCCACCACUAUGCCUUCUCUGAGGACCCCAGUUCCUUCAGUUACCCUGACACCACAGCAGGCUGGGCUCUCAGUGCGCCGCUGCUCAAGAGACUCACAGAGCGGAUACGGUCUGAGAAUCUUAAGUCAGAUUUUACAAUCGACCUGAAGCAUGAGAUUGCUUUGUUUAUUUGGGAGGAAGGACAUGGCCCAAAGCUGACAGCAGUUCCAGAGUUUUGCACAGAGCCGAGAGACGGCUGUGCUACCACGUUUACAACCUACCUGCCCGACUGCGGGGAUCCAGUGUCGAAGAAUGAUGUAUUUGUUGCUGUGAAAACUUGCCAAAAGUUCCACUCAGAUCGAGUACCAGUGGUGAAGGCGACCUGGGAGAAAGAUGCUGGGUUUUUAGAGUAUUAUAGCGAUGUUACUGAUGCUUCCAUACCAACAGUCAGUUUGGGAGUGCCCAAUACUGAGAGGGGACACUGUGGGAAGACGUUUGCCAUCUUGAGGCGGUUUUUAAGCAAAGCUGUGCCGAAAGCCAAUUGGCUGCUCAUCGUUGAUGAUGAUACUCUCAUCAGUUUACCCCGGUUGAGACAGUUGCUGCGUUGCUAUGACCCAAAGGAAGCAAUGAGCCUGGGGGAAAGAUAUGGCUAUGGCUUGAUCCAGAAGGGAUACAGCUACACCACCGGAGGAGGAGGGAUGGUGCUCAGCAGGACGGCGGUGUCCAGGCUGCUUUCCAGUAGUUGUGGUUGCUACAGCGAUGAUGCUCCUGAUGACAUGGUGCUGGGCAGGUGCUUUACUACCCUCGGUGUUCCCAUUACACACAGCCCACUAUUCCACCAGGUAGAGAGCAACGCACACGCACGUGUUCUUGUCACGGCCCGACCAGAUGACUACUCCGAGGAAAUGAUCUCCACGCAGCGCGCCAUCUCCUUCCACAAGCACUGGAAUGUAGAUCCUGUGACUGUCUACAGAUACUGGCUGCAGGACACACGACCACGAGAUGAACUGUAGAAACUGUGUUUAUGCAGUGAUCUCAACUCUGCCAAAAAGAGCUCGAAAUGUACGAAAGUGGUGGUGAUACAGCUUCAACUCCUGGAUCAAACCAUGAAAGUCUCCCUGCUGCUGCCUUCUUGUAAGACGUGGAUUGAAAUUCUCAGUCUCUUCCUUUUCUUGUUUAGAAAAGGGCCGGCUCAUCAUCACUUGAUGUUGACUUCUGUUUUUCACUGUACGUGUUUUUUGUAGGACAAAUUUUCCGCAAAAACACAACACAUUCAACAUGUUAUAUACAUUACGCAACACGUUUGGAUCUGAACAUUUUUGCAUUGUUUUUUUGUGUGUAAUGGACUUCAGACUAAAAGUCUGAUGAAUGCGCUUUGUGAUGAUGGUAAAGUGAGGAGGAAUUUGCCCAAAAUGAGAUGUUUUGCAGAAUUAGGACCCAGAGUAAGACAAAGUAAACAAACAAAAUAUUAAUAGGUCACAAGCAGGUUGAUCAAGUUACUUGAAAAUAGUAAUUAGUUACUAAUUACUGAUUACUUAUUUUCAAAGGUAAUUAGUUACUACUUAAUUACUUUUAAGAAAACAUAAUAAAGCAAUAGACCUUUCAGCCCAAUUCUAUUUUCCUGCAUAAUCCAUCAUAUAAACUGUAAUCAAAUGAAAAAGUCUGUUUUUAAAACUUUUUUUAUUAGCUUUAAUCUUUUGACUUUAUGCACAUUGCAUCAAACAAAAAUUAAAAUUAUAUGCAACAGUCUUUGACUUGAACAAAUUUGUUUAACAUUUAAAACUAUUUUCUGCAUAUUCCAGCGUAUAAAAUAAAAAUAAUGUUUUGUGUUUAGGGGUUAGAAUGAAUGAAUGAAUAAAUGUGAAUAAAUCUGAAAAAGGAGGAGGUUCAGUUGAAGUAAGCAGAACUUUAUUUUUGAUGUGUGAACAGCAGCACUGUGUGAAUGUGGGUCAGUUAAAGAAUUGCCGUCAGAGGUGACGAGAUGAAUUAAAAUGUAAUGUUUCAUCCAUUUUGUGGAAAUGUUGGUGUGUUAACUAAAAAUCUGCCAUGUCUUUAAAUUAACUUUUGAGGUUUUUUUGGUAUUGUUGAAAUAAAUC